AGUCCUCACGGUUUAUUUUUGCUCCGGCAUUUUUCCUGCACGCUUUACAUUCCACCCCUCCGAUGUAGCUUAUAACACACGUUUUAUUUCUUUUCUUUUUUUAACCCUGACCAGCUUUUCAUAUAAUCUGAGCUCGGAUAUUAAUCGCCUUUUGUUUCCUUCCCUCCCCUCCGUGUUUUCCGCUCCUACAUGCCGCUUCCCCCGCUGUCUUUUACUGCAUUUUAGAUGUAUUUCGUGUCCCUGGUCUCCUCCAGUAACCCAUGUCUGUGUGCAGCCCGCCUCCCUGCGCUCUCAAUAGAUGGUGCAAGUCAAAAUGUCCAAAUCGCCCGUAGACCCACUGUCUGCUGUGGAAACAGGCUCUCAGUCGCACUAUUUUCAGCUGCCCAGGAAGUUGCCUAAACGCAAGAGCCGCUUCAAACGCUCAGAUGGCAGCACAUCUUCUGACACGACAUCCAGCUUCAUCAAACGGCAGGGGUCGGCUGAUUCGUACACCAGUAGGCCGUCGGAUUCAGACCUGUCAGCAGAGGAGGACCGCGAGGCGUAUCGGCGUGAAGCCGAGCGCCAGGCACAACUGCAGCUCGACAGAGCUAAGUCCAAAUCUGUAGCGUUUGCAGUAAAGACGAAUGUGAGUUACUGCGGAGCUCUGGAUGAGGACUGUCCUGUCCAAGGAGCUGCAGUCAAUUUUGAUGCCAAAGACUUCCUGCACAUCAAAGAAAAGUAUAACAAUGACUGGUGGAUCGGCCGGCUAGUAAAAGAGGGAGCAGACAUCACCUUCAUCCCCAGCCCUCUGCGACUGGAGGCGAUGAGGCUCAAGCAGGAGCAGAAACAAAGGAAAACAGGGGGUAACUCCUCCAGUUUAGGGGACAUGGUGACUGGGAGUUGGAGGACCACACCGCCAUCUGCAGGUGAAUCCAAACAGAAGCAAAAACAGGAGCACGUCCCUCCCUACGACGUGGUGCCCUCUAUGAGGCCGGUGGUCCUCGUGGGACCAUCGCUGAAGGGCUAUGAGGUGACGGAUAUGAUGCAGAAAGCUCUUUUUGACUUCCUGAAACACAGAUUUGAAGGAAGGAUCUCAAUCACUCGUGUAACUGCCGACCUGUCUUUAGCCAAGAGAUCUGUCCUCAACAAAAGACCCAUAAUGGAGAGAUCCAACACUCGCUCCAGCCUAGCGGAGGUUCAGAGUGAGAUUGAGAGGAUAUUUGAACUCGCCAAAACCCUGCAGCUGGUGAUUCUGGACGCGGACACCAUCAACCAUCCUGCACAGCUAGCCAAAACCUCCCUCGCACCCAUCAUUGUCUACGUGAAGGUUUCCUCACCAAAGGUGCUCCAGAGGCUGGUCAAAUCCAGGGGGAAGUCUCAGAGCAAGCACCUGAAUGUGCAGAUGAUGGCUGCAGACAAACUCUCUCAGUGCCCCCCUGAUAUGUUUGAUGUCAUUUUGGAUGAGAACCAGCUGGAAGAUGCAUGUGAGCAUUUGGCUGAAUACCUGGAGAUCUACUGGCGUGCCACUCACCUCCCAGGCAACACCCCUCUUAACCCCUUAUUGGAGCAGACUCUGAUGACCCCGCCUUCUGCCAUCUCCAGCCUGCAGAACCAGAACAAGAACCAGCCGCAGCCUCGUGAGGCGGUGGGCCUGGAGGGUGAGGAGGAGGCAGGUGAGGAGGCCCACUCCCCCCUGGAGCAGGACAGUCUCAUGCCGUCCGACGAGGCCAGCGACUCCCUGUCUCGCGGCCGGAGGGGGAGCCCGUGCCACAGGGAGGGCGGGGAGGAGGAAGAAGAAGAGGAGGAGGAGGAGGAGGAGGAGGAGGAAGAGGAGGAGGAGGACGAGUAUGCCUCCCCCUGCCAUGCUCGCACAUACAGGGACAUGUACCCCUCUCACCGUGGGCACACCGGCAGUGUCCACAGUGCAAACGGGCAUGAGUCACAUGACAGGCUGCUCCAACGCGAAGCUCAGCAAGGUCACAACCAGAGGAACAACCGCCAGCGCAGCCGCCCCUGGCCCCGAGACACCUACUGAAGAGUGAGGCCCCCAAGACACCUACUGAGGAGCUAGGCCCCUCCUCCGGCCUCCAGAUCCGCAUCGAGAUCACCCCAGGCUGUCUUACGUUCCCAAACAAAAUGGUUUUAGAGAUGAAAAGCCCCAAAAAUCAGAAACAGAUGUCCAGUUUAUUGAGUUCACAACUUUAGGUGUAUUACAGUAUUUCUCUCUUCCAGACUCCCAGUUUUGAUUUAUUUUUAGGGGACACGCUGACCUCUCCAGGGUCAAGUCAUUCAGAUUAAAGUCAACAGGGCUACUCACCUCUGCAAUGGAAAGGUUUCAGGCUACCAGCUGUACGCAAACUCAAACUUUAGCUGCUUCGCCUAAGGUUUCUCUAUUGUAGGAUGUCUCAUAUGCUGGCCUUAAAAUUCCUAAGACUUUUAACUAUCUUUACUAUUGCAUGUAUGAGUAUAAUUAUUUUAAGACUAUUUGCACAUUAACGUCAGAACAGGAACUGAAUGACCUUUAACGGUUAAACCAACGUAGGAAUGUACUACUGUUGAGUCCAUUUAACGGGAAAUAGUAAUGCAUUUGAUUACAAUGUACUGAAUGGCCACCUGGUUUUUGUUUCAUGGCUACUAUAUUUGUUUGAUUUUGUUGAUAUGGACUUCUUCGUUGUUUCAGAGAAAUGUUGCCACCCAUGUCAGUUUUUUA